AUGAAGAAGCUGCUUAUAGUCAUCAAUAUUCUUGCGUUAUACAAUUCAGUUUAUGGUUUGGAAACAUCUAGAACAGAAAUUGGAAAGGGUGGAAAAAUUGUGGGUGGAUUAGAAAUUGCAAUUGAACAAGCGCCAUAUCAAGCAUCUUUAAUGUUAAGAUGGUAUCAUUGUGGUGGCGUGAUUAUAACAAGAGAUUUCAUUCUUAGUGUCGCUCAUUGCUUGGAAGGUAUAAACCACGAAGAUAUUCUAGUUCGGGUUGGUUCAGCUAAGGUUAACUUGGGAGGUGAUGUUCAUUAUGUCGACGUAGUAAACAUUCAUCCGAAAUACGACAAACUGACAUACGAUUAUGAUGUUUCCUUAUUACAUCUUACGAAACCAAUAAAACUUGAUGGGCUUACAAAAAGAAUUGCUGUAAUAGGAUCACCAAGAGAUGCUUUGAUUCCAGGAACACCUGUGAUUGUUAGCGGAUGGGGCGAAACAUUAAACCCAAAUGAGAAUAAAGAAAAUCUACGCGCUGUUGUUCUGACAACUUACAAUCACCUGCAAUGCCAUCAAAAAUAUAUAUUUGAUGGUGGCAUAACAACUCAAAUGUUUUGUGCUUAUAGAGAAAAUAAAGAUUCGUGUUUUGGCGAUAGUGGUGGUCCCGUUGUUCAUGCAACAAAUAGAAAACUUCUAGGAUUGGUUUCAUUUGGAGUUGAUUGUGCAAGUUCAUCACAUCCAAGUGUUUUCACAAAUUUAUCAGCUGAUAUUUUGAGGCAUUUCAAUGCUGACAAUACAAUGUUCAUCAUCAUCACGGCAAUUUUGCUUACGAAUUUCAACGCAGCUUUUAGUUCACGCGUUGCAAGAAAUCAAAUAGGAGUUGGUGGAAAAAUUGUAGGUGGGGAGGAAAUAAAAAUUGAAGAUGUUCCGUAUCAAGCAAGUAUACAAUUUUUUGGAAUGCAUAUUUGCGGUGGUGCUAUAAUAUCAAAGGACUGCGUGAUAACAGCAGCCCAUUGUACGUUCAGAGUAGUCGCAAAUCAAUUAACCGUUCGUGUUGGCGCGACAAAGAAUUUUGAUGGUGGCGAUGUUCAUGAAGUGUCGAAGAUCAAAGAUCAUCCAUUCUUCAAUAUUGAAACUUAUGACUAUGACUUUUCGAUACUGCAGUUGAAGAAAUCUAUCGAGAUUGACGGUGUGACAAAGAAGGAGAUUAGAAUGUCGAUGCUUAAUGAAAAGCUUAACGAGAAAACUUCGAUUCUUAUAAGUGGAUGGGGUGAAACAAGAAAUCUAGCCGAAGAUCCAAAUGUACUUCGUUCUGUCAUUCUUUCUGUCAGCAAUCUGCUUCAAUGUCAUAUUAAGUAUAUUUAUGACGGUGGUGUGACUAAAAGAAUGUUUUGCGCAUUUACACUUAACAAGGACGCUUGUGCUGGUGAUAGUGGUGGUCCAGUUCGACGCUUAUCUGAUGGACUUCUUGUUGGUCUUGUUUCAUUUGGACCUGGAAGCUUGUGCGCUGAUCCUAAUUAUCCUGGUGGAUAUUCUCUGAUCUCAUCAGUUCGCAAUUGGAUUCUAAUCAACGCACAAGUCUAA